GAAAAAAGGUAUUAACGGCCAGGCGCCGCCGCCCGGCCGGGCGACCCACCGAGCGACAUGCGGCCCGGCCCGCCCGAUGUCUCUUGGUGGGUGUUGGGCGCGAGAUCUCUGUGUUGUUGCCCCCCAUAUGGCCCACCUGUGUGUCCGUCUCUGUCCGCUGCAGCGAAUCAUCUGCCGCUCACUAGACCAUCUGGCGGGCGCCCAAGCAACGAACAGUCAAAACUCUAGCGA